GUUGCCUUUUACCUUGGCCCAACUUUUCUUUUCGGUCUCCUCCACGUGUGACUCUUGAGAAGCAAUGAGAAGGAAGGAGGGUCUCUUUUCUUCCGAGGAGUCCCAUGGAAAUGGCUGUAGCUCCUCCUGCUUAACACCAAAAGCCCUCCCCAAGUGGCUUGCGAAACUUGUUCCAAAUCCGGCCGGUGCGCAGUGAAUGGAGUCUUUCUUUCUUGCAAUCGCUUUCUUGCACAUUGAGAGACAAAAAGACAACUUAAUUUGUGCAUAUUAAAACCCUCUGGGGGUCAGAUUGCCAUCAUGUCUGUCUCACACAGUUCCAGGCUAAACAAGGGGGUCAGAGACCAGUACAUGAAGCUACCUCAAGGGAAAAAAGUCCUAGCCACAUAUAUCUGGAUUGAUGGAACUGGGGAAGGCCUUCGCUGCAAAACCAGAACCUUGAACAAAGAACCGAAGAGCCUUGAAGAUCUCCCCGAAUGGAACUUUGAUGGAUCCAGCACCGGCCAAUCCGAAGGCUCCAACAGCGACAUGUUCUUAGUACCUGUUAGGCUAUUCAGAGACCCUUUCUGUCUGGAUCCUAACAAGCUUGUGUUGUGCGAGGUUUUGAAAUACAACCGCAAGAGGGCUGAAGCCAACUUGGAUGCUUUCUGCACUUGGGAUCUCCCUUCUGCCCCUGAGCUCCACAUAUCAAUUGGAGCCAAGGAUCAACUCCCAUGGAAACAGCUCCUUGAAAACAUUUUCACACAGCUGUUACAAGGAAAAGAGAGGCACCAAUUUCAUGGGAAAUGCCAAAAAGUCCCCUUUCUUUGCAAAAGCACACAUACAGCUGCCUCGCUGCAGUCAGACCUGGUCAUUAUCUGUCGGGGAACCCCACCUUGGCCAAAUGCAGCAUGA